CUUCCCCCGGACAGUGUUUGAGAAAAUUGUGACUCAGAGUCUGCCACAGGGCCUAGUGAACCCUGAGGUUACGCUGAAGCUCUUUUUCCCCACGGCCUCCAUUCAGAGAAGAUGAAUUAUGAAGAGAUCCUGGGGAGGCUCCUUAAGAGACACCAAGUGGCAGCAGGAUGAGUGCCGAGACAAGCAGCCGACCCCUCCGUGUAGGGUCCCGAGUGGAGGUGAUCGGGAAGGGCCACCGUGGUACUGUGGCCUAUGUGGGGGCCACACUGUUUGCCACAGGCAAGUGGGUAGGUGUGAUCCUUGAUGAAGCCAGGGGCAAGAAUGACGGGACUGUCCAAGGAAGGAAGUACUUCACGUGUGAGGAGGGGCAUGGCAUCUUUGUCCGCCAAUCACAGAUCCAGGUGUUUGAAGAUGGAGCAGAUACCACAUCCCCAGAGACACCAGAUUCCUCAGCCUCAAAAGUUCUCAAGAGAGAAGCAACUGACCCAGCUGCCAAGGCCAGCAAACUGCCUGCCCGUCCUACCAGCUCAGGGGCAUCAGGGGCUGGUGGCCCAGCAGGCCCCUCAGGUUCAGCCUCUGCCUCAGCCUCCACUGGGGAGAUGAGCAGCAGUGAACCCAGCACCCCAGCGCAGACACCCUUGGCAGCCCCCAUCAUCCCCACGCCCUCGCUCACCUCCCCUGGGGCAGCUCCCCCAUUGCCUUCGCCCUCCAAGGAAGAGGAAGGGCUGCGGGCGCAGGUAUGCGACCUGGAGGAGAAGCUGGAGACCCUGAGGCUGAAGCGUGCAGAGGACAAGGUGAAGCUGAAAGAACUUGAGAAGCACAAGAUCCAGCUGGAGCAGGUGCAAGAAUGGAAGAGCAAGAUGCAGGAGCAGCAGGCAGAGCUGCAGCGAAAGCUCAAAGAGGCCCGGAAGGAAGCAAAAGACGCCCUGGAGGCAAAAGAACGCUACAUGGAGGAGAUGGCUGACACCGCCGAUGCCAUAGAGAUGGCCACUCUGGACAAGGAGAUGGCUGAGGAGCGCGCGGAGUCCUUGCAGCAGGAGGUGGAGGCUCUGAAGGAGCGCGUGGAGGAGCUCACCACCGACCUGGAGAUCCUCAAGGCGGAAAUCGAAGAGAAGGGCUCUGACGGGGCCGCGUCCAGUUACCAGCUCAAGCAGCUGGAGGAGCAGAAUGCCCGGCUGAAGGACGCCUUGGUGAGAAUGCGGGACCUCUCUGCCUCAGAGAAGCAAGAGCAUGUCAAACUGCAGAAGCUCAUGGAGAAGAAGAACGUGGAGCUGGAGGCCCUGAGGCAGCAGCGUGAGCGCCUUCAGGAGGAGCUGGGCCAGGCCGAGCGCACCAUCGAUGAGCUCAAGGAGCAGGUAGAUGCAGCCCUGGGAGCAGAAGAGAUGGUGGAGACGCUGACAGACAGGAACCUGAACCUGGAGGAGAAAGUUCGGGAGCUGCGGGAGACUGUGGGAGACUUGGAAGCUAUCAAUGAGAUGAAUGAUGAGCUGCAGGAGAAUGCCCGGGAGACUGAGCUUGAGCUUCGGGAGCAGCUGGACAUGGCAGGCGCCCGUGUGAGAGAGGCCCAGAAGCGUGUAGAGGCUGCUCAGGAGACGGUGGCUGACUACCAGCAGACUAUAAAGAAAUACCGACAGCUGACGGCCCAUCUGCAGGAUGUGAAUCGGGAGCUGACUAAUCAACAAGAGGCUUCGGUGGAGAGGCAGCAGCAGCCGCCCCCUGAGACCUUUGACUUCAAGAUUAAGUUUGCUGAGACCAAGGCCCAUGCUAAGGCCAUUGAGAUGGAGCUGAGGCAAAUGGAAGUGGCCCAGGCCAAUAGGCAUGUAUCCUUGCUUACGGCCUUCAUGCCAGACAGCUUCCUGAGGCCUGGUGGAGAUCAUGACUGUGUCCUUGUUCUGCUGCUCAUCCCUCGCCUUGUUUGUAAGGCAGAGCUAAUCAGAAAGCAGGCCCAGGAGAAGUUUGAUCUGACUGAGAACUGUGCGGGGCGACCAGGGCUUCGAGGGGCUCCUGGGGAGCAGCUCAGCUUUGCUGCUGGCCUGGUGUACUCACUGAGCCUCCUGCAGGCCACACUCCAUCGAUAUGAGCAUGCCCUGGCUCAGUGCAGUGUGGAUGUCUACAAGAAGGUUGGUAGUCUGUACCCCGAGAUGAGUGCCCAUGAGCGUUCCUUGGACUUCCUCAUUGAGCUGCUGCACAAGGACCAGCUGGAUGAGACGGUCAAUGUGGAGCCCCUCACCAAGGCCAUCAAAUACUACCAGCACCUGUAUAGCAUCCAUCUGACUGAGCAGCCUGAGGACUGCACUGUGCAGCUGGCUGACCACAUCAAGUUCACCCAGAGUGCACUGGACUGCAUGGCUGUGGAGGUGGGGAGGCUUCAUGCCUUUCUGCAGGGUGGGCAGCAGGCCUCAGACUUGUCCCUUCUGCUCCGGGACCUGGAAACAUCCUGCAGUGACAUCCGACAGUUCUGCAAGAAGAUCCGCAGACGGAUGCCGGGGACAGAUGCACCUGGGAUCCCGGCUGCUCUUGGUUUUGGGCCUCAGGUGUCAGAUACCCUUCUGGAUUGUCGAAAGCAUCUGACGUGGGUGGUGGCAGUGCUACAGGAGGUCGCUGCUGCAGCUGCACAGCUCAUCGCUCCCCUGGCUGAGAACGAGGGUCUGCCCUCUGGCACCCUGGAAGAGUUGGCCUUCAAGGCAGGGGAGCAGAUCUAUGGGUCUCCAUCAAGCAGCCCCUAUGAGUGCCUUCGACAGUCCUGCAGCAUCCUCAUUGCCACCAUGAACAAGCUGGCCACAGCUAUGCAGGAGGGAGAAUAUGAUGCAGAGAGGCCCCCCAGCAGGCCUCCUCCCUCCGAACUUCGGGCUGCUGCCCUUCGUGCAGAGAUCACUGAUGCUGAGGGGCUGGGGCUCAAGCUGGAGGACCGGGAGACUGUCAUUAAGGAACUGAAGAAGUCCCUGAAGAUCAAGGGAGAAGAGCUGAGCGAGGCCAACGUGCGCCUGAGUCUCCUGGAGAAGAAGCUGGACAGCGCGGCCAAGGACGCGGACGAGAGGAUCGAAAAGGUGCAGAGUCGCCUGGAGGAAACUCAGGCCCUGCUGCGGAAGAAGGAGAAAGAGUUUGAGGAGACGAUGGACACCCUCCAGGCAGACAUUGACCAGCUGGAGGCUGAGAAACUGGAACUGAAGCAGCGCCUGAGCAGCCAGUCCAAAAGGACGAUCGAGGGGCUGCGAGGAGCGCCCCCCUCGGGCAUCGCCACCCUCGUCUCUGGCAUCACUGGUGGAGGGGCUGCAGGGCAGCCUCUGGCAAAUGUCCCAGGCCCUGGGCCGGUGAAGGACUCCCCGCUGCUGCUCCAGCAGAUUUCAGCCAUGAGGCUGCACAUCUCCCAGCUCCAGCAUGAGAACAGCACCCUUAAGGGAGCCCAGAUGAAGGCAGCACUGGCAGCUCUGCCUCCCCUGCAUGUGGCCAAGCUCACACCCAGAGUCCGGGAAGGCCCAGAUAGCGAACUAGCAGGUGGAACUUUGUAUCGGAAAACUAGCCAGCUGCUGGACACGCUUCAUCAGCUCAGCACAUGCACACGGGUGAUAGAUAUCACAAGGGCUAGCCCUGCUGCAAAGAGCCCUGGGGCCCAGCUUCUGGAGCAGCUUGCCCAGCUCCAAUCCCUGAGUGACACCAUCGACAAACUGCAGGAUGAGGUGAUGAAGGAGACUGUGUCUCAGCGCCCAGGAGCCACCGUCCCCACUGACUUUGCCACUUUCCCCUCAUCUGCCUUCCUUAGGGCCAAGGAAGAGAAACGAGAAGACACUGUAUAUGUGGGCAAAGUGACCUUCCCCUGCUCCGCUGGCCUUGGGCAGCGACACCGGCUGGUGCUGACCCACGAACAGCUGCACCGGCUCCACGGCCGCCUCAUCUCCUAGCUCCCUCUGCCUCUCUGUACUCCUUUUCGUGUUUCCUUGACACCCUGAGGGUUCUGCCUGCUGCUGUGUCAUCUCACCUUCCCACAGACAUGUCCCAGAUGAGAAUAUCACUACUUGUGUAAAGCCAUAACGCUAGCCCUCUCCCAUCCCCUACUUGUGGCUCCCCCAGCCCCUGGCCUUAGCUGCUCCCUCCUUUGGGGGUAGUAGGGGGAAGGAGUGGGGUUGGCUUGGCCCAGGGGAGGAGUGCUCAGCCCCAGCAUCGGGCAUCAUCCCCUCAAUAAAGCAGCUUCUUCCUCAGCACUAUAUGCAUGGUGUUGGUGGUAGAAGGCAGGGGUGGGAGCCAAAGGGAUGGCUGUGUGCAGACACUGGGACCAAGCAAGUCCCCCACAGUGCCUCAGAGGGCAGCAGCUUUCACUCUUUCCUUCUGGCAGCCAAGGGUCUGAGACAGGAGAGAAGGGGAGGCCGUCUACUUGAGCGUCCACAUUCAUGACCAGGUGUGCCCAGUGGAUGGUAGCCGUUAGAGCUGAGAAGGCUCUUUAGAGAUUGUUGUGGCCAACCCCUGCAUUUUUAGCAUCACAUUCAUUAGGUGCCUUGUGCAUUAGGCUGAGCAUUCAAAGAAUGACCGAAGACAUAACAUGGUGGGGUGGUAGGUCAUUCGUAUUUGCGGAGGGCGAAGCGGUCCUCAGACCAACCCAGGGCCCUGUAGGUAGUGGGAGGGUGAGAAGCUCUAUUUUAUUUGGAUACCAACCUUAUGCUCAUUCCCUCCACUCCAGCCAACAGAACUGUCCAUGCUUUCUUCUCCCUACAUUCCUACUCUAGGCAGCAAGAAUAAAAUCUCCCCAUAUGACCUAUCCAAGGUGCUGAAGGCCAUCCCCUGGAUCCCUAUUCCUUUGUAGACAACAGUCUCGACAGUGGCUUUAUACUGCUUGUGUCAGACUCAAAUAGAAGCAGGUCGGGUGUGUUACCCCCACAAAUUAA